AAAAAACAAAAAACCUCGAACACGGUCUAUCUUUCUUCUUCAACAGUUCAACCAAACGGAAAAACACAAAGGAAAAGUCUCUGUGCAUCUUUGGAUCUGCGGUUGAUCUUCGUUACUCUCCAUUGGAGACAAAUCAACAGAGAAUGUGUCCCUUAAGGUUCAUCUUGGUGUUUUUCUCGGCAAUUUUAGCUGGGUAUUUUGCGUGGAGGACGGUACGGUCGUCUCCAGAAAUUGGGGAAAUUGAUGCUGAGGGUUCCAUGGAGGAGAAGACGGCGGCCAAGGAUAAGCAAGAACUCGAUUUUAAAAUGAAGGUUCAGAAUGGAUUCUGGGUAUUGGUGGACAUGGCCAGUGGGAGGUAUCUGUGGAGGAAUCUGAGAGAUUUGAAGAAGAAAGAUGAAGUCAAGAGCUCUUAGGGUUCUUGGGUAUUAGUUGUAAAAUUUGUAGAAAUUAAUUGUGAGAAUUGUUCUUACUUCCAUUGUAAUAAUCAGUAUAUAUUCCUAAUAGAGGAAUAAGUGAAUUUUUCUUCUCUUUCCUAAGCUAUUCUUGAACCAAGUUGCAAUUUUUUCCUGGAAAAUUUCAUGUAAAACUGUUUCUUUUCUUCGAUCAAAAGAAUCUGAAAAUCCCCAUAGUUUAAUUCCUUAACAGUGUGUGCUAACUGGGAAUGCUUUGUGGAUUUACACAUUGAGCUUAUAUAUAGAAUGAUUAGUAUAUAUAGAACAUGAUUUUAUGCACAUUCAGUAUCGAAGAAAGAACGCAAAUUGUGCAUUGAUGACAUAGAAACAGUGGUUCAAAUCAAACUGUAACUUGAUAGGCAUGCACAGAAGAGUAAGAAGGGCACCUUGAAGAAGGGGAGCAUAUCUUGCAAGAUUGGAGCCAACCCACAUUGCGACAACAGCCAGAGCAACUGUGCUGGUGGUGGUAUUCCUUCAAACAGAGGUUGUAGGCACAAGGUCACCAUGUAAGUAGCCGAUCUUGAAUCCAGCAUCCAGCUGUUUAUUAAAAGGGGCCAGCAAGCUAGUGAAAGAAAUAGUAGGGAACCGAAGCUCUGCAGCAAGAACAGAGACGUGAAAGCAGAUCUUAGCACUUCAGUAAGGGAGCCACAUUCUUUAUCCAGGUUUCCUUCUGCGUCAUCAUCUGUUUCAUUAUUUCUUUUUUUUUUUUCCUUUUUUUUUUCUAAUUUCCAAUCAUGAUGUGCUCGGACCAACUUUAUGUAUCUUCAGUGAUCAUAAGGGUACACCCUACCAUCAGCACUAUGCAUUAAGAAAAUUAAUUUCAACCC